GUUCGAAUUCCCCCUAGUGAUAAGACACCAAUCCCAGUUGACUCUGCUGAAGUGGACAGCGAUAAACAAGUGUUCAAAGUCUACGAUCAAAUUGCCCAUCAUUUCUCACAUACACGAUACAAACGUUGGCCAAAAGUGUGGAAAUUUGUAACGAAUUUUCCAGUUGGAAGUAUCGUGAUCGAUGUGGGAUGCGGAAAUGGAAAAUAUUUAGCGGAGCGAAGCAA